AUGGCAGAAACGGAUCUUAUCACAACAUCGCAAAUCGUGCCGCCACAAGUACCACAGCGAUCUCGGUUGUCCAGGACGGCUUGCGAGAGAUGCCGUAAGCAAAAGUUGCGUUGUAGUCGAGAGCAGCCCACCUGCAACAGAUGUCUUCGCCUAUCUGGCAGCUGCAAUUACCCCAAACUAGCUGACCGCAGGGUCCUUGCUGCCCAGCGAGAGGCUGCCCGGAGGGUGGAGAUAUCGUCGCUUGCGGAUACCAUCGAGCCCAAUGUUGCUGCUCCUGUUGCUACUAAUGAUUUUCCCGCAGUUAGUACGCAGGCUAGCCAACCGUCCCAUGUGGACAUAGGCUCAUCAGAUCUCCCUCCUCGAGCCAUAGGUUUGGGAUUACUCGAUAUUUAUUUUGAGCGAUUAUACAAUGCACCACUGCUUUUUCGAAAAUCGGAUUUGUUCGAAUCGUAUCUCAACAACAGCACCCCAUCGUUCCUUUUGAAGGCUUUGUUUGCUUUGGCCUCACGAUUCCUUCAAGCCCCACCCUCAGAUCACAGGUUGUCACUCAAUCGCCCUCCUAUCAUCCCCGCUGAGUUGACAAUGCUGAGCUCAUACCGUAAACACGGAAAGAGCUGGGCUGAGGCGGCUGCUAUGGAGGUUUUGCAACUAGCGGAUCGUCCAACAGUUCAGUCAAUCCAAACGUUAGCAUCCCUCAGUAUAUACUGGUUCUCCAGGCGAGAUUCAGAUCGUGCCAGAAUAUUCAUAGCGAUUGCCUACACAUCUUGCUCAAACUUUCUGCCUUUGAAAAUCCCCACGGGCGAAGAGCAAGGCCAAGCAGGUGCGUUGGCCAAAGAGGAAAUAAGAGCGUGUUUUUGGGCCUGCUGGGCUUCUAUAUGUGCUGCUGCAAUGCCCGAAGCAUACGCACUGAAUGCUUGGGCCGAAGCCUCCAGGGUUCCCUUGCCCCUGCCAUGGCACGAGUACCAACUUAAUUCCAUUUUGAAUAGAGAAUAUAUGGAUGAGGAGUGGAACUGUCGGCUAUGUCAGCAAGAAAAUGAAGGAAGAGUCUUGCUAAACACGGGAUCAAGCGAAACAGUCAUGGGGAAGACGCUCAAGAUGAUGGGCAUCUGGGCCCGUGUGCAAGUAAUUGUGAGAAGGGACAUCGUAGGCCCCUCUACAUCUCAGCUCAAGACACUUGCCGCCACCGCGAAGCAUCUAUUCAACCCGCAACAGCUUUCCCCAUCCUUCGCAGAUAACGGGUCUCAAGUCCAAGAUCAUGCCAGGCUUCUUGGCAUGCAUUCUUUGUAUCAUCUCUGCCGUAUGGUAGCUUUGUCUCCUCUUGUCACCAUUUUCUCUGGACGCCGCCUGCCGACCGAGAGGGUGGAGAGCACCACCCGAGCCUAUGCAGAAGCGGUUGCGGAUCAUGCCCUUCAACAUUGCCAGCUUGUCCACGCUUAUGUCCUGAAAUCGCACGACAUAACCAAGAUCAGCUCUUUAACUGCGUUCGCAAGCUUUGUAGCAACGUCUAUACUUGCGACACUGGUCAAAUCAAGAAUUCGUAGGCACCACGAUAUGCCAAACGACUUCAAUCAAAUGCUCCGCCAAGUCUUGAUAUUUCUUCGCGAUUCAGUGGACAUACUAGAUAUUCUUCAGCUAACUUGGGAGCCAUUGAGGCCGAUGGCUGAAGUUUUACACCAACGAUUGAGGUCCCUACCGACAAUGAUGGGCGAAAACGCAACGUGCAAUCUUUCUGAAUCUCCACGGCCACUCAGAAUUCCUGUCACUGGUUUCAAUAGCCCCAUACCGGAAGGGGGUUCAAUUCCCAUGACGUAUGUUGACAGUGGGAGCCACUCCACAGUACUGGAAGAUGAUACUCAGCCUUCACCAAUAAUUGGACAAGGUGGUGUAAGAAUCAAUUCAAACCAUGCAUACGAAGACAUUAUCGAUAACGAAAGCACUAUCGAGUUUCCUGCAGAGACUGGGCCACCCGAUGCCUCUUGGCCGGUCAACCUUUUCGGAACAGACAACGACAUUCUCAAUUUGGAUAACGUCUCGGAUUGGGAUUUCGACCUCUUGACACUGUACUCUGCGCGAGAUAAUUCAUGUGUCUAG